UUCCUCAGUACGACUCUGGCAGCUCUCCUCCACAGCAGCAGAAAGACACAGAACCAAAAACAGAACGGUGAAAGAUAGACAAGCGAAAGACGGAGAGAAACAAGGUGUGAAAGACAACAGCAGGAGGACAAGCUUUACUCUAAACCUCCCCCUCCAGAUGGCACAAUGGGAAGAGAUUGGGAACCAGUGAAAAGUGGGAGCGAGACAAGACAUGUGAUCUAGAAGAACAAGGUGUUAAAAGUAGAUGCUGAAAAGGGUCCUGGACAGAUGGACGGAUGCUGAUCUUCUAAAAUAGAGGGGUAGUCACCACUCCAUUCUGACAGACAGAAGGGUGCCCAUUUUUACACUGGGAGCAACAAGAUAUUCCUCCCCUUUCCUCUACUGGAUAAGACUGUACCUACUGUACCUCUUUCCCUGACAGUGUCAUUCUCCUUUUCUCUUUUACCUGGACUUUGGCCUAGUCAGUCAGUCAGUCAGUCAGUUGUUCAUUACAUUUUUCUCCUGUUUCUUCAUUUCUUUUUGUUCAUCUCUCCGGGGCAAGUGACGCAACCGAGAGUGCUUUUUGGAAUCUUUGCUGAAGAAGACUGUCCUCUAUUGACCCUUUACAUUGUGUGUGUUUGUUUGUGUGUGUGUUUAUAUGAGCACAAGGACGUAUGUGUGUGUGAGCCUGUGCCCUUUUUACCUCUUAAUUUCCACCUUUUGCACCCAUCUGUUUCAUGCUGGCUGUCCUUUCACACCUCUGCAAGUGUCGCGCACCAUCUGCGAGCGUGUCAUUGUGUGUGUGUGUGUUUCGGUGUGAGUUUGUGUACGUAUCUGUCACCCGCAGUUACGCCACUGGUCAAAAGUUGGCCAAUUGGAUCAGAGCCAUUUUUGGAGGCAACGUGGCAUGCUGUUUUAGCUGGGCAGGAGGCUGUUUAGGGAUCAGUUUGAGAGAUUCUACUGUGUUCUCCCGAUAGGACUCGAAAGACUAUCAAACCUCCUGGAGGAUCAAUUCAAUCAGCAUCUGAUCCAACAAGUGUUAACUGAUCACCUGUGGAUGGUGUACCUUGGGAAUACAGUGAGUGGCAGUGAAGGAAUCAUCCAAUCGGCACAUGUUUUAUAGAUGACCUGUCCAAUCAUCCAUUAUUAAAGCCCUGGCACUUUGGGUUUUGCCUGUGAGGUGUUGAUCAGAUUCCGGAUUACCUGAUGUGUGUGUAGAGGAUAUAGCUUGAUGAUCUCUGGCACCGUGGCCGUCUGCUUCCUGUGCCGGUCUUCUUGGAACUGUCACUCAACUGCUUGGCCCUCAGUCUCUCUAUUGUACCUAGGAGCUGCCAACACAGACUGACAGACCUUUUUUUUCUUUUUCUCGGCCAUGCUGUACUGUGUAACUCUCUGAACGAAAGAAGACAUUUUGCGAAGAAAGGACGUUCUGACUCUGUCCCGUGUGUACCGUUCUGUGUCCACACUAACGGACUGCCUAAACUGAGGCAAUUGGCCUCUAGUCCCGUGCUACCUACUGUGUUUCAUCACCCCCAGGGGACAUGAUUGGUGUCAACAGCCUGCACUCGGCGGGGCGCCUGCGCUCACGAUCCCUGUGCUCGGUCCGCUAUGGGCGAGACUUCCGUAUGAUUGACCCAUUCCGCUACCCCCGAACCCCCCGCUCACGCUCCCUGAAGCCCCUUAUGUUCCCAGACCUGCUGGGCAAGGCCCAGGAUGGACAGAACCACCCGCAGGCUCGCAAGAGGAAGAAGGUACAAUGUGCCACCCGGGCCCUGUACAACUCAAUCAAGAAUGAGAAGCUUCAAUGGACAAUCGACGAGGAGGAGAUGCGGAAGUCUUUCUCAGAGCUGGGGGACACCAGCCAGGCAGACUCCGCCUCUAAACACAAGAAGAGCAUGGCCAGCGGCGGGAAACCACUAGUGGCCAUGGCCCAGCCUUCAGGAGCCCUCCUGUACAAGAACGGCUUCCUGGUGCGCAAGGUGCACGCUGACUCAGACGGCAAAAGAACACCGCGUGGGAAGAGAGGAUGGAAGACGUUCUAUGGCAUUCUGAAAGGGCUGAUUCUCUACCUACAGAAGGGAGUGUACCGGCCAGAUAAGCAGCUGUCGGACGAAGAUCUGAAGAACGCUGUGUCCAUCCACCACUCUCUGGCCAUGAGGGCUGCCGACUACAGCAAGAGACCCAAUGUGUUCUACCUCCGCACCGCCGACUGGAGGGUCUACCUCUUCCAGGCACCAAGCACAGAGCAGAUGCAGUCGUGGAUCACACGCAUCAAUACGGUAGCAGCCAUGUUCUCGGCGCCACCUUUCCCUGCAGCCAUUGGUUCACAGAAGAAAUUUGCCCGACCUCUGCUGCCAAGCUCCACCUCCAAACUGUCACAGGAGGAGCAGGUCCAGUCCCAUGAGACUCGGUUCCGGGCCAUCUCCACUGAACUGGCUGAGCUGCGCUCAUAUCCUCCAGACCGAAAGGUCAAAGGCCGCGAGCUGGAGGAGUACCGCCAGCGAGACGAGUACCUGGAGUUUGAGAAAACACGCUACGGUACCUACGCCAUGCUGCUGCGGAACAAGAUCCGCUGCGGCGAGGAUGACCUGUCCGUAUUCGAGGUUCAGAUCCUGGAGGACAACGGGCUGCAGCGCACCCAUUCCAGCCCCACGCUGCAGGACUUCAGCCAGGCCUCCCAGGGCAGCAGCACCAAGGAGCCGGUGGGCUGCAGUGGCAUGGGAAAAGGCUCCAAGCACACCGAGGCCCAGAGAUACAGCUACCGCCAGGCCGUCAAGAAGUGAGGCAGGGCGGGGAGCCGGGUGGUGAUGACGUGGCAGGUUUGUCUCCCUGUGCAAGUUUUUAUUUGAAAUCCAGUGGAGGGGGCUUAUAAGAGCUUGAAAAGGAGAGGGGUGAGAGUGUACUGUAUACACCAUGCCCCCACCCGGCACUCCCGAUCUCCUCGGCCAAUAGGGGAGGUGCAGCGGUGCAGAUCCUAUGACUGGCCAAUGCCAGCGGUGCGUUGGGGCAGGAGGGAGGGAGGAGCGUUGGAGAGGUCAUGCAGCUUGGAAAGAAGGUAUUCCAGCGAAAGCUUGCUGCAUAUGUUAAUAGACGGUACCAUGCCGUAUGGUAAGACAGAGGUUCCUCCCGUAAGCAGUAUCACCGCCGUACAAGGACUCCCAUCCAGCAUCUUUUUCUUUCCUUUUCUUUCAGGGCACCUCUCCCACAAACCCCUCCUCCAGCCUUUUUUCUUGAAAUGUUUUCCUCUGAUUUGGGACCAAACAUGUUUACACGUUUGACACAUUAAGUCUCAGAUGACUGUGCUAUUGAUUUGAACACGUGUUACAGUACUGUAAUACUGUAGUAACAGGAGCUAGAUCCACAACUCAUUGCAUUGCUAUUCCCUUUUUUUCCAUGACAUCUGUGUGUGUCCACAUACAUGAGGGAGCCUAACGACAAGGGUACUUGCAGCUCCUGAACUCUUCUUUGGGGCAAAUGUGAUGGCAACAAGGUGGCUCUAGUGGAUCAGAAUGGCAGUGCACUACACACCCGGAUCCGCAAUGGAGACUCAGUUGCAGCUCUCCCUCCUGGCCCAAGUCAGGGCGAGAGACUGUGCUCUCAUGACUUCAAACCGCUCCAAUCUCUGCCCCCUCUCUCUCUGCUCCCCUGUUCUCACAUUCUCUGUCUCAGAGAGGGGGUAACUGUGGCUCCCCUCUCUACCAUCUAUUCCAAAUGGGUUGUCAGAGUGGUUGAUGUCAUUUGAGCCACACUAGUUUACUACUGUACAGCUACACACGAGUAAAAAAAAAAUGUAAUUGUACUUAAUAAUCCUCUCAGCAAGAGAGGCCCAUGGUUUCUUAAUUGCUUUUCCUUAAAGGGACAAUCUGCGAUUAAUAUAUAUGCCCAUUGAUUUUUGAAGAAUAAAACUAUCGAUGCCUCAUGAGCUUAGUUCAACCCAAAAUAUAAACUUGUUUAACUCCUUUGUUUGUAAACAAUGUAAUUGUAAACAAACAUGGUAUAGCCUCAAAACGCCAGCCUCAUCCCUCAGCUGUUUACCGAAUCAGUGGUAGGGUAAUCGCUAUGUUAUUGUUGAAAACUGCAGAUUGCCCCUUUAAUAACCGUUGUUAACCCUCCUACCUAGCCAGUUGCUUUAGCUUUGUCUUGCAGCAGGCUUCUUUUUACUACUCUGUGUGUGAAUGUUGUUUUUUCUCAGCAUGCCUUCAUCGAGCUCUGCCUUUUUCUUCUUCUUGGGGAAAAAAAAUGUUUGGGUUAUGUUGUCUUUGUACUAAUCCUGUUGUAUUGACAUGUCUUCCCUGUUACUCCCUGUGUAAUCACUCGUUUAUAAGACCUGUUUUAACACUCACCAGGCAGACCCUGAAUGUACUUGUUUUUUCAAUAUUUUGUACAGCAUUUUACAAUAACCUGUUGAUGUUGGACAUUCUCCCCCUCCUCCUGUGUACUGUUACAAGUGUCAUUAUACAUAAGUGUUAUUAUAGUAAACCUAUGGCAUAUGUUUUCUAAUAACCUGCCAACUACUAUAUUAUGCUUAUAUUGUAUGAUACAUUAUAUAUGUCGUUUUACAAUAUAUCCUGGUGAAUAUGCAUAAAAUAAACAUAUACAGAGUUGAUAUUAUACAUUCCCUGUAUUUAAAUGUCCUGAAAGUGACCUAUGAUAAUCAUGUGUUUUUACAUAGUAUUCUGUAUGUGAAGGGUCAACAAAGGCACCAGCACAAUCUUGAGUAUUGUCUAAAUGCCUAUGUAUCUAUCAAACAAUGAUGAGAUUGAGAAAGGAGAUCUGGCGAGGUGGGACAAUACCAUAAUCAAAUUCCCAUCAUUAUUUCAACUCCCUGGCCUGAAGUAUUCUGAAGAGAAUGAGAGAGGCAUUCUUCUUUAAAUUGGUAGCAUGAUUCACUUUGAAGGUAUUUGUUGAUGUUGUCACAGAGUAAUGUUUUGCUGUUGUUGCUACAUGAAAAACAGACAUAUGGAAUAAUGUAGUGGGUGUAUGUGUAACGUGUGAAAUGCGUGAGGAGGGCCUUGUAGGCUAAUAGACGGGGGAAGCAGCAAGACAUUUACUGACAGAAUAUGUAUGGAAGCAUAUCCAUACCAUAUCCUCAGUCAAUGUAAAGAAAAAUAAUCAACCUAACUAUUUCAUGACAUACCUUCAGUUUCAAGCUACUCAGGCUUUCAAAUGUCGGCCUUGAACAGCUGUAAUGCCAGCAUCGUACCAGCAGAGAGAGCUGUUUAGCAGGACAUUCAGUUACCUUUCAGCCAUAACAUUGCUGCACCUGCACUGCACAAGCUUUUUAGGGUGGCCCAUUGGCAGUCUCUGGAUAUGGAGCACUGCUGAGCUAUGUGUGAUCGGUGACUGAGAGUUCUUUGUGUGUGUGUGUGUGUGUGUGUAUCUGAGGAGAUGCGUUUCUGUUCUGCUGUAAGUUUGUGAAUGUCAUUGAAUGCAGCAUGCUGCAACCUGGCUGACCUACUAAGGAGCCUAUUUAAGGAAUGUGGCUGAGGAUAAUGGUCUAGCCAGUGCAUUCAUGUGAUGUUUUAAAGCAGCAACGGUUUAUCCAGCUGUGUCCAUUAACUUUACUUACCUUGCUGGAAAUGUUUUUUUGUACAAUUUUAGUACAGAUAAUUGAAUGUUAUGUCUAAGCAUGGUGUAUUUUGCCUCUCGUCUUUUCCUAUCUUACCUCAGUCAUUUUCAAAUUAUUCUCCUUCCUUUUCCAUGAUCUCUUCUCCACUCCAGUCUCCUCUGCUCAUGCUUUCUUUCCCUCUCUAUUUAUUAUUUUUUUAAAUUGUACCUUUAUUUAACCAGGCAAGUCAGUUAAGAACACAUUCUUAUUUUCAAUGACGGCCUGGGAACAGUGGGUUAACUGCCUGUUCAGGGGCAGAACGACAGAUUUGUACCUUGUCAGCUCGGGGGUUUGAACUUGCAACCUUCCGGUUACUAGUCCAACGCUCUAACCACUAGGCUACGCUGCCUCCCCUCCACUCCUCCUCCUCUCUCGCAUCACUUCACUUUCCCUCUGUCACUGAUAUUGUCAGUUUGUUCUGCCCUCUGUCUCUGUCAUCAUCUCAUUAAUCUUUUAGGAAGCUGCCUUUAUCAGAUAACUGUAUGUGUUUAUUGUUACUAUAACUGAUGAUAUAUACCUUUAAUUGUAUUGUAACGAUGUUACAGCUGUGAUAUUACUGCUUGGUACUUGUAUUUAUCGAUAGUGUUUGACACUGGUGGCAUAUGUUGCCAGGGUAGUCUACCACAGAAUGACAUGUCCCCUCGGACAUUGGAGGGAACAGGGUAAGGACUGAGGGCCUUUUACAUACAAAGGGACAUUGUGUUGUUCAAUCAACAGGUGAACAACUGAAAAUCUCAUCUCUCACACACUAUUUGUUCAUAUCAUAGGGUCUAUGCAAUACAUGCCCUGUUUCCUGUGUCCCAGGCACUAACCAUGAGGGAGAGAGGCAUACGGUAUAGAAUAUGUUAUAAAGCAGUAUGAUAGCCGGGACUAGCCUCAGGUUCAACCUCCGCGAGCCUCCGCGAGCUCUCUAUGCCCACUCUGCCACCCCGCCCCCUCUGACAUCAUCACAGAGCAGCUGCAGGGUCUCCAUGGCACUGGUUUGCAAGUGUUCGCUCUAUGAUACUGAAAUGAAAGCCUAGGUGUUACUGUAUGUUCAACCCAUUCCCAGCAAGCACUUAUGAAUGUGACAUGUGUGUGUGUAUAUAUAUAUAUAUAUAUAUAUAUAUAUAAACAGCAUGAGAUAAUAUUAUUAUGGUCUGCUUUCCUUUGUAUUAUGUUUAGUAUUUAAUGAAUGGUUAAUAUACAGAACACAUUUUUUGUCCUUCAGUUCAUUGUCAUGUUUUUUGUUUUAUGAAGCUGAAUAAAGUCAAUGUAUUUAAUGCUGUUUUAUGCUGAUGUGUUGUAGACACCACACCAACGCUUUCAAAACUGUGAUAUAAUACACUACAGUGGGGUUCUGACUCAUUUCAGUUUUCUUAGAAUGCUGCCAAUGAGAGACAUUUAAAAUGUUUUUACUUGAAUUGUUUUACUCGUUUUAGCUGUACACAUGUCCACCACCUGUUAAAACCUCACCUCUGUAAGAAAACAUUGUUUGUAUAGGAGCUUUUCUUUUGGGAAGCAUAAAGGAAAAAUAAAAGUGUUCCAAAAAGUGA